GUUUAUAGUAAUGUUUAUUUGUACGUAGUUAGUAAAAUUGCGGAGUCUCGUUAAUUAUUCCACGAUUCUUGACGUCUAGUGCGAAGUUUUGUAAUACACAGUAUAUAGUAAUUAAGUUUGCAAAGGUUCUUUAGAUCGUAAUGCGCCGCGAGUGUCGGAGGCAGUGCGUCUGUUGUCUCUGUCGCGGCGGCCGGGCACACCUCCGUUGACCUAUUUUCUGGUUAUUGCAUUCAUCUAACUAUUUAUGUCUUGGGGUGUAAAGUGGGCCGCCGGUUUUGCAUCGCGUAUGCAAUAAUUCCUUUUGGCCCUCGUCAGCCACCGUAUCAGCAUGUAAAUCCAAGUAAUUUGGUCUUUAAUGAUGAGUUUAAAUUAUUAUAAGUGUAGAAAGUGACUGAGUUAUCCUUUUAAUUGAUAAGUGUUAUGCAAAGAGUAUGGGACCUAAUUAAAAUGUAUGGUCAGAGAUUGAGGAUCUGAACUGUGUAGUGCUAAGUGUAGUGUAGUAAGAUGGCAUGGUAUGUGCCGGCCAGGGGCUUGGUUUUGACAGCGGGAGACAACACUGCAAUAUGAUGGACUCGGACCUGCCACCUGGUAGUUGUAACUCAACUGGACAUCUGUCCACAAUCGGAUACCAUACUCUUCCGGGACGUAUGCACCACUCCGCCAGUACACCGGCGGGGGUGGACGGCGCCGGCGGUGGCUCCCGCACGCCCCCCGCUACGCCCAAGAAAGGCGGCAAGAUGCUCGCCGUCAGGAUCCAUAUGCUGGACGAGUCCAUAUCCAUGUUCCAGAUACAGUCCAAGGCGUUAGGCAGGGUACUAUUUGACCAAGUAUGUCGGCAGCUUCACCUACUGGAAGCGGAUUACUUCGGCUUGGAGUACCAGGAUGCUAGCGGUACGAAGAUAUGGUACUGGCUAGACUCGGAAAAGCCGAUGUGUCGUCAAGUGGGGUUAUCAAUGUUAGAACCGAACCUACGCUUCUGCGUCAAGUUCUACACGUCAGACCCCGCGAGACUGGAGGAGGAGUUCACUCGGUACCUCUUCUGUCUGCAAGUCAAGAAGGACCUGGCCACCGGCUGUAUACAGUGCAAUGAGAACACCGCUGCGCUUAUGGCCAGCUAUAUUGUACAAGCGGAAUGUGGGGACUUCGUGCCGGAAGACUACCCGGAUCACACUUACCUCAGCGGCUACAAGUUCUUCCCCGGACAGGACUCGGAGUCCGAAAGGCGGAUUAUGGAGAACCAUAAAAAGCAUCUAGGCCAGAGCCCCGCGGAGGCAGACUUAAAUCUAUUAGAAACGGCGAGGAGAUGUGAACUUUAUGGUAUUAAAAUGCAUCCUGCCAAAGAUCAUGAAGGAGUUCCAUUGAACCUCGCAGUAGCGCACUUAGGCAUCAUAGUGUUUCAGAACUAUACGAAGAUCAAUACAUUCAGUUGGGCAAAGAUACGGAAGAUCUCGUUCAAGAGGAAAAAGUUCCUUAUCAAGCUGCAUCCGGAGGGUUAUGUUAGUGGUUACUACCGCGACGUGGUAGAAUUCUUCUUCGACGGUCGCAACGAAUGCAAGAACUUUUGGAAGAAAUGCGUGGAGAACCACGGCUUCUUCCGAUGUUCCAGUGUGCAACGACAACCCAGGGCUAAGACCAGGGUCAUAUCUAGAGGAUCUUCGUUUAGGUAUAGCGGUAAAACGCAGAAACAAAUCGUCGAGUAUGUGCGGGACAAUUACGUCAAACGGCAAACAUUCCAAAGGUCGGGGUCGUUCCGCGCGCGCUCGGUGUGCGGCUCGCGCGGCACCGUGGCGCCCGCCGCGCCGCUCAACCAGUCCCUCUCCGCGCACCCGCUGCUGCCGCUGCCGCCCGGCUCCGACGCGAUUUCCCUGGAGUGGGACAAACAACCUCACUACCUGGAGGCUUCUCUGAUGAUGAAGGGCUACAGUGCGGAGGAGGCUCGGGCGGCGGCGGCGCGGGCUCGGCGUCCCGUGGCCGCCACUCGCCCGCCGCUCGCAGCUACCGCCUAUGCCACCACGAGGGACAAGGCUCCCGAGCUAGUGACCCAUGCCGAGGUCAAUCAUCAUCCUACGGAGGAUUCGCCUCUGCCUCAUCGGACGACGACACCAUUGGUUUCUCCGGAGAGUACAUGGAGCCAGGCGAGUUUGUCCCGUGCGGGUGGGCCCGGCCGCGCGCCCACUCCGCCGCCGCGUGCGCGCCCAGACGAAACGUCACCCGAGGAGGAAGAUAACACGGUAUCGUCAGCUAGUUUAUGUAUGUCGCCGACUUCCGUCACUUCCGUCACAGACAACAGCAUAGCUGGUAUACCGAUAUUCGCGUCAACGCCGCUGGUCGCGAGGCCGAAGCCGAUGACCAAUGGACAUGAUGUUGUGGAUAACAAGAGGAAUAGUGAGAACAACAAUGAUACUGUCAAUGGGAAUGUUAACGUGACGAUAGUGUCGGAGUCCGUCAACAGUAUGGACGUGCUUAGCGGAGGGGAGAGCGACGCGGGUGAUACGCUGUCUAGGCGGAAUAAUAAUAGUAUAUCGUCCGGUAUGUUAGGCACGCUACGAGAGGUGGGCGACGCGCCUAAGAAACGCCACAUGGACAUCACGUACUUCGUGGCUAAGGAGCUGCUCAUGACUGAGAGGACUUAUAAGAGAGACCUGGAACUUGUCACUGUGAAAUGGAGCAAUAGCGUCUCCGCUCUAGCAGCGGGUGGUGACGCGGGCGAGGGCGCGGGCGCAGCGCUAGCCAGAGCGUGCUUAGCGCUGGAGCCCCUAGCUUUGAGCACCGGCAAGCUGCUGGCCAGGCUCGACCGACUGCUGGCCAACUGCACUAAGCCUGAUGACGCUGAGGAACCUGAGUACAAGAAAAUAGCAAGCGUCCUUUAUGAUCAUUUGUUGAGUACAAUCGAUGCGUCAGUCUGGUACAGCUCGUGCGCGGGCUCGCUGGUGGGCGUGGUGGAGAGCGUGCGGCGGCGCGGCGCGGCGGCGGGGCGCGCGGCCGCCGCCUUCGACGCCGGCGCGCCGCUGCCGCUCGCGGCACUGUUGCUCCGGCCUCUGCAUAGGGCGCUGCAUUAUCAUCGACUUGCUAAUGAGUUAUACAACGCGACACAAAGUGAAUCGGCAGCGGCAGCCCUGGAGCUAGCUUCGCACGGCGCCAACGAGGCUCGCGAGCAGCUGCAGCACGGGGAGAACCACGCCGCGCUCUGUCAGCUGCAGAGAGAUAUCGCUGGUUACGACAAGCUUCUAGUAGCAGAGCGCGAGUUCAUUAGAAUGGGAUGUGUUUACAAACAUUCUUCGAGAGGAUUACAACAAAGGAUGCUAUUUUUGUUCAGCGACGUGUUGGUGGUGACGUCGAAGGCGGGCUCGGCGCAGUUCCGCGCACAUUCUGCGUUGCCGCUACACGCACUAACACUUAAACAUUCUGAGCUGCCGCACUCCUUCACGCUUACUGGCGGCGAAGACACAAACCUUCUUCUAAGCGCGACAAACGACUUGGAGUUCACGGGCUGGUACCGAGCGCUGCAGGCCGCCAUAGGCAACGCCAGAGACAAGUACACUGACGUCGAUACCGAACUCACGCCUUAUGAACAAGAAACUAAUGAAUCAUCUCCCCUGGGCGCGUGCGGCGGCGGGCUGGCGCACGUGUGCUGGCACCGCUUCACCUCGCUCGACACCACGCAUCUGCAUCUCGCCAUGCGGACGCAGCUAUCAGGUUACUUACUACGUAAAUUCAAGAAGUCUCCGGGCUGGCAGAAGCUAUGGGUAGUAUUCGCCGUCUCUACAUUAUUCUUCUACAAGAGUUGGCAGGAUGAAACGCCGCUGGCUUCACUACCAUUAUUAGGCUACAGUGUCGGUGCUCCCGUACCAGACGACAAUAUAGACAAAGACUUCGUGUUCAAGCUGCAAUUCAAGAACCACGUGUACUUCUUCAGAGCAGACAGCCAGUACACUUUCAAUAGAUGGACGGAAGUAUUGCAAACGGCAACGAUGCGACCUGAAAAUUGAUCUAACAUCAAUAUUAAAUAGAAAAUUUAAAAUAAAGCAUACUAAAGUAUAUGAAAACAGAAUGGAUACAACAUUGGUGCCAUAUAAACGUGGCCACAGAUAUAUUUUUGUACGAACUUUGGAAGUGAAUCUUGCCUGUAUUUAUUGUGUGAAUCGCUUUAGUAUUAGACCAAGACUGACGACGGAUGUCAAAGACGUUAAUGCAUUGUAGUCAUAAUAUUAGGUGGCUAAUGAGAUAAUAUGCUAUUGUAAAUAGAGGGUUUGAAGGGGACAGAAUACAAAAAAGAAAUAUACUUUUUUGGUUUGUAGUAAAAAGACAAUCGUGGAGUACAUAAAACCAAAUUCAAAGUUGACAGGUUGUGAAUGAAUUACAGAUCAAAAAUACUUUUUUACGUGACAACGGACUAAAAUGUAUGACCAGUUGUGGUGUGGUCCUUCAAAAUUGGACGCUAAGAAAUAUGUCCAUGGUAAGAGUAUGUAUACUAACGAAGAUGGUCUCAAUGUGAAUAAAAUACAUGAAUGUAGCCUAAUAAUUCUAAAUAUAUCAAUCAUCCGUGCCUUCAUAAAUGUAUAUAUCCAACAGGACCUUAAUUUUGUAAUAUCUUUAUUUAAGAAUAAUUGUGAUAAGUAUAACAUUGGUUUAAAUAUACAUUUAUGUCACAUAGCUAGUAAGUCAAUCUGUCCUUGAUAUUUAUAGAUAUUAGAGCACAGUAUAUGGAGACUUUAAUAAGCCUAACCCAUGUGUUGAAAGAAAAAGAAUGUUAUUUGUGAAUGGCUAAAACUAUUCAUACAUUACAAAAGUAUGAAAUUCGGAUAUAUUUUUGAAAAGUUAGCCAUAUUUCUAAAAUUCGAGAGGACGAUAUUGAAAACAAUAAUUACAGUACAGUAGAAAAUAAGCGAAGCAUAUUGGAUACUUAUGUGUAAAUUAAAGGUUGCAGAUAAACGAAAAUUUAUAUCUCUUAGUAUCUAUUUUGUUGAGAGGUGCAAGCCGGCCUAUAAUUUACGUAGUUUCAUAAUUCAGUAAGAUUUAAUGGUUUAGAAACUCAUUUCAUAUCGAAUGUUAGCGGUCUAAAAGAAUAUAUUUUUCAUAAGUAGCUGUGAAAGUACUGUAAUCAAAACAAAAUCAAUUCCAAAAUGUUUGUCGGCUGUGUAGUAUAGACUUACAAAAUCAUUUGAAUAAGGUCAGUGGUUAAUAAGCAAUAAAGCAUCACAGGUAUAAUAUUAUAGUGUUAGAUUAAUGUUCGUACUUCAUAAUUAAAGCGCGGUUGAUGCCCCGUCAAACGUGGAAAUGGUACAAACGAAGUAGUGAACGAAGUGUACGAUUGAACGAAUGAUGACCGACUGAACGAUUGACAAACAGUGAAUGAUGCGCGAAUCAUACAAAUAUGUAUCGAAAUCUCAUCUAAUAUUCUUGUAUUGAUAGAAAAUGGUCUGUGAAUAAUGUUUUGGUACUACACAAUUUUAUCGUGUAUUGAGUUAAAAAUAUGCAUGGUGUUAUAUAAUUUAAUAAAUUCAUAUGUCAAGUGCUAUUAUGAGUGAAUAUUUCCAAAGUUUUUAUUUAUAGAUAUAUUUAUUAAGCAACAGUUUAAAUUAAUAUAAGAAUGGAGAAAUAAUAAUUAUUGUAAAUCAUGUUCUAUUAAAGAGAAAUAUCAAAAUGUAUCGGUUUAUAAUGUUUGGCAAAAUAAAAUGUUAUAAGUAUGCAAAAUUAUUUUGAAAUAAAAAACAUUCAAGUUCA